CGUAAGCACGUUACUAGUGAAUGAGCUCCAGUGUUUGGCUUCGGUUUGACAAGUUUCCCCGGACGAUCAUGGGGGGUCGGAGUGAGUAGUUAGUUGACACAUCGCUAAAAAAGUUGCGGCUCGUUUUGCGUGUGUUUCGAGUCGACUUUGGGAUCCGGCACUUUGUCAAAUGUUGGAACUUUCCGAUUUUUCCCUCUGAGCGAUCCAACAGCCAGCCAAGUCUACAUUGGGAAACCAGACACAAGAGUGAAGAUGAACAGCAUGUCGUUUGACGAUCCUUCGUUGGACAAUCUGGAUCCAACCCUGUCGCUAAAUGACCCCAGCGACAUCGACACGGCCCUGCUGAGCGAUAUUGAUGACAUGCUCCAGCUCAUCAGCAACCAGGAGAUAGAGUUCAGCGGACUCUUUGAUGCUCCUGCGUAUGCAUCAGCUCCUCCCACACAGGAGAUUCCUGGUUUGACCCCGACCGUCACCUCGGCAGCCCCUCCACCCACCACCACCACGCCUUCGUCUUCGUCUUCCUCCUCCAUACUAAGCAGUAGCCCCCACCUGGAUGCACUCCUGGGCCCUCCCAUCACCCGCAGCUCCUCCACCCCAGACAAGGCCUUCCAGCCUCCUACCUUCCAGCAGUCUCCUCUGUCUCAGGUCCCCAGCACCACCCAGAGGCAGCAACCAGCCUCUCCGCCACAGGCUCAGAGCCUCAGACAGCCCCAGGUGGAGCAGUCCCAACCGAUCCUCAGCCCACCUGCCCCGGCGGCUCAGGCGGCUUCACCUAAUGGCUCACCAGGACCAAACCCAGGGUUCACUUCCACGCCUCAGGCUCUCUUCACCUCUCCAGCACCCCAGACUCCUCCUCAGCCCCAGCCUCAGACGCAACCUCAGGGCCGGACCGCCUACAGCAGCCAAAGCAGCUUCACAGCUGGCAGUCCCAGCAGUGUGAGCACUCCCGCCACCAGCCUGUCCUCUUCGCCUCCAAGUGUCCAGCCGGUGGCCAUUCAGACUCAGAUCCAGGGGCUGACCACCACCUCUCCUCUCCUGACCACAUCAGGAAGCCCCCCGGCUCAAACCAUCGCACCCCAUGUGCAGCAAGUUCCUGUGUUGCUGCAGCCACAGUUCAUCAAGGCUGAGUCUCUGCUGCUGACCACCCUGAAGCAUGACCCCUGUAUGGUCACUACCGUGUCCUCCCCCACAUCUCUGGCCACCACCACCCCAGUACAGAGCACCUCCCUGCAGGCUUUUAUGGGCGGAGGCGCUAUCCUGACUACGGUGCCUGUCAUGGUGGAUGCUGAAAAGCUGCCUAUCAACCGCAUCGCCAUCAGCGGGAAGCCAGCAGGCCUGCCACACAAGGGGGAGAAGCGCACGGCCCACAACGCCAUCGAGAAGCGCUACCGAUCCUCCAUCAAUGAUAAAAUCGUGGAGCUGAAGGACCUCGUGGCUGGCACUGAGGCAAAGCUCAACAAGUCUGCUGUGCUGAGGAAAGCCAUCGACUACAUCCGUUACCUGCAACAGGCAAACCAGAAGCUCAAACAGGAGAACAUGGCUCUUAAAAUGGCAGCCCAGAAAAACAAGUCUCUCAAGGACCUGGUUGCCAUGGAAGUAGAUGGACAGCCUGAUGUGAAGAGCGAGCUGCCCACCCCACCAGCCUCCGAUGUGGGCUCUCCGACUUCUUUCUCGCACUGUAGCAGCGACUCAGAGCCUGACAGUCCGAUGGGAGAGGAUACCAAGCCAAAUGUGGGCAUGUUGGACCGAUCUGCAGCAGGCGGCGGCGCUGGCGGCAUGUUGGACCGUUCCCGCAUGGCGUUGUGCGCCUUCACCUUCCUCUUCCUCUCCCUCAACCCUCUGGCUGCUCUGCUCUGCUCAUCCGGUAGCAGCUCGGCCGGAAACACUGCAGCCGUCAGCACCCAUCACACAAGCAGGAGCGUCCUGGGUGUGGAUAUCGCAGCUGACUCGUGGGGCUGGAUGGAUUGGAUGCUUCCGACUAUACUGGUUUGGCUACUGAACGGUAUUCUUGUAUCCGGGGUUCUGAUCCGACUGUUGGUUUAUGGAGAACCUGUAACCAGACCACACUCAGGAUCGUCUGUCUUGUUCUGGAGGCACCGCAAACAGGCCGACCUGGACCUAGCAAGAGGAGAUUUUGCUCAGGCCAGUCACAACCUGUGGACCUGUCUGAAGGCUCUCGGUCGCCCCUUACCGACCUCCCAGUUGGACCUGACCUGCGCUGCCCUCUGGUCUCUGCUGAGAUUCUGCCUCCAGCGCCUUUGGGUGGGCCGCUGGCUGGCUGCCAGGGCCGGAGGGCUGCGAUCGGAUCGCCCCCUGCAGGAGGACGCCUGCAAGAGCAGUCGAGACGCCGCCCUGGUUUACCACCGCCUGCACCAGCUUCACAUGACAGGUAAGCUGAACGGCAGUCACCUGUCAGCGGUGCACAUGGCUCUCAGUGCAGUGAACCUGGCGGAGUGUUCCGGCUCAUGUCUGCCUGUCGCCUCUCUGGCUGAGGUCUACGUCUCUGCAGCUCUACGAGUCAAAGCCAGCCUGCCAAGAAUUCUACAUUUCACCUCUCGUGUGUUCCUGAGCAGCGCCCGGCAGGCCUGUUUAUCGUCCAGCGGCAGCGUUCCUCCAGCCAUGCAGUGGCUCUGUCACCCACUGGGUCACCGCUUCUUCGUGGACGGAGACUGGGCCAUUCGCAGCACCCCUAAAGAAAGCAUCUACAGCCAGGCUGGCAACACCGUGGAUCCUCUGGCUCAGGUGACUCAGGCAUUUAGAGAACACCUCCUGGAAAAGGCUCUGUACUGUGUGGCCCAGCCUCAUGGGGAGAAAAAUCCCAGCCAGGGCGAAGGGGAGUAUGCUGAUGCCCUGGAGUAUCUGCAGCUGUUGAUUAGUGCAUCCGAUGCGGCGGGUGCCACCUCCCAGUCCUUCGCUAUCGGCUCCAACAUGGCCACAGUGACUGGCUGCGAUCCUCACUCCAAGUGGUGGUCCUCGGUGGCCGUGGUGAUCAUUAACUGGCUCCAGGGAGACGACGCUGCAGCGGAGAGGCUCUAUCCGACCGUCGAGCACCUGCCGCGCAGCCUGCAGAACGCAGAGAGUCUUCUGCCCAAAGCGUGUCUGAACACAUUCAGGGCAGUGCGGGCUCUGCUGUCCAAGCCAGAAAACUGCCAGCUGAGUCUGAGCUACAGUGACAAGGCCAGCGCCCUGCUCCGAGACAGCCUCAACCUAGGACCGCACUGCCAUAGCUCCAGUUUAGACAAGGUCGUCCAGUUGCUGUUGUGCGAUCUGCUGUUGGUUAUGAGGACCAACGUGUGGCGUCUGCAGCAGCAGGGGUCCAGUCCUGCAGGGCCGGGGUCGGUGGGCACCAGCGGACCUGCAGGAAUCCACCAAGCCUCCCCACCGGAGCUCCAGGGCUUCCAGCAGGACCUCAGCUCCCUGAGAAAGCUGGCACACAGCUUCAGACCUGCAAUGCGAAGAUUGUUCCUCCAUGAAGCUACAGCCAGGCUAAUGGCAGGGGCCAGUCCCACCCGCACACAUCAGCUUCUGGAUCGCUCGCUGCGACGCAGAGCAACGCCCGGAGCCAAGACAGAGGAGUGCGAGACUCGGCCCGGCCAGCGGGAGCAGGCCGAGGCCGUGAUGCUGGCCUGCCGGUACCUCCCGCCCUCCUUCCUGUCGGCUCCGGGCCAGAGGGUGGGCAUGCUGGCCGACGCCGCCCGGACCCUGGAGAAGCUGGGGGACAAGAGGACCCUCCACGACUGCCAGCAGAUGAUCAUCAAGCUGGGCAGCGGCACCACCGUCACCAACAGCUAGAGCUGAGGGCCGGGAGGGGCUGAGAGACAUGCACGGACGAUGUACAUAGAAACAUCCGACAUACAAAAAAACAGACAGAAACAUGCUUCCAGAACCACAUGGUCUCGUUUUCUGGCGUGCAGCUAUCCAACAGAUUUAUUAAACUGUACAGAUUCAUAUCAAACUGGAUUCUCUUCAUGGCUUGUCCCUCCCUCCCUCAACCCAACCCCACAUCAGAAGGCACUAGAGCUCCCGAUGCUAUGGAUUGUCACCCGAACAUAGGAAGCGUUUUGUUUUCUCCUGCCGAGCUGGUGAGAAUGCGUUGCAGUGCCACAGUUUGACCACAGAGAGGAGCCGUGACGUCCUUCAGGUGGAAGCAUGAAAGAGAUGCUCGCCCUGCGUUUCCUCAGAGCGACUCCAACCCAGUUUUUUUUUUUCUAAACGGAUUCUGUGGGUUGGAGCCGCUCUGAUUGGCCGCAGAGCGAAGCAUCUCUUUAUCCGUGGGAGAAAAACGACCAAACCGGUCCGACCGUGGGCUUGUCCAGUGGGAAGCCGCUCCACAGGUCGUUCAAACACCGUUGAAGACUUAUUUCAGCGGUGACGACCUGCAGCGAGGCGGCUGACUGCACAAACCCUCCGUCUCUUUCUGCACUAGGCCCACAAGGCUGAUUUCAAUGAGAUAAGUAAUAAUAUGGCUUUAUGAGGUUAUUUUCAUAGAGGUCGUGUUUUUGUUUUGCUGUGUACAUAUUUUAAAAUGUAUUUAUGAUCUAUAUGAACUUUGAUUAAGCAGUAUUUUGCAUAAGCAGAGUGUUAAACGCUUAUUUUCUUCCUGUAAACCCAUUUCGUUUGGUAGUUUUAGACCAGGCCCACAUGAUAAAGUUACUGUACUGAGACAGGAUCAUGAUAUCAACGUGGCAUUUCGAGUCACGUAGUCUGUCGACCUUUUGCACCGUCAGACACAUAUGCAGCUGUGAUAUCAAGAGUAGCUGGCAGAUCGACAACUCAACACAAACCUUUGGCACUUCACUGAAAUUGCGCAAAUCAUGGAGACGAUUUCAAAAUAUUUGACCGUUUUUGUCCAAAGAGGGCCUGUAGUGGAAGAGCAACAUGUUCAGUCAUCAUAGUUUAACUUCCCUAGAGAACCACCACUUCUUUUUUUUUUUUUUGGAUUUCAGAGGAUUGUAAAAACUUGGAAAGAAAGAAACCUUCAGCAUGUGUUUUUGUCUGAGGACCAGUUUGUUUUUUUAGUAUGUCACUAAUGUGAGAGACCGAAAAAAACACGGUUUGAGAUGACUGCGUCUGAAGGUAUUGUUCGUGUGUCUUUUUAACCGACAUCCUUUCAUCUCUUCCUUGUUGUUUGGUUUCAUCCUUUUAUCAUGUAAAUAUUAAAACAUUUUGUAAAGAAGA